AUGACAGCGACGAUGCUACGGUCCGUUUUCCUCGCCGCUUUAGUGGCAUUGCCAUCUGUGCAUGCGACCUACCGAGACGAGGUGGGCGACAUCGACUUCCAAUAUGACUUGGUCGGCGUGCCGCAGGAGCAGCAGACCUUUUUCCACCGUCCGCGACCGGACGACCGGGCCAGCCUGCUGUACACGCUGAGCGAUGUGGGUGUUCUCGGGGCCGUGAACCCGGGCAGCGGCGCGUUAGUGUGGCGACAUCUGCUGGAGGACGAGAGCGACGAGAGCUACGAUGCCACGACGACGGCGACGACGGGCAAGACAUACACACAAGCGUCUGGGCAUGGCCGGCUGGCGGCAGUUGAUGGCGAGGGCUGGCUGGCGGCCGGACUGGGCAGCUCCGUGCACGCCUGGGCAGCUCUUUCUGGCCGUUCGCUUUGGUGGAUGGAUUUUGCUGGAGAGCUGGUCGGCCUGGAUGUGGUGGCCGGCGCAGCCGAUACGGCAGCCUCCAUCUUGGCGCUUUUCCGCGAGGACGGGCCGGCCAGCACGGCGACAGUGCUCCGACAACUCAGCAGCGACGACGGCCGUGUAUUGUGGGAGAUCCGCGACGCAACGCCGGCCGGCAUCAGCCAGCCGCUACAGGUGGUGGCCGCCUCGGAUGGCCGCGCCUUCGUCAUCAGCCUGCACAGCAGCGCUGGCCUGCGGGCCGUCGCCGUCGACCUGCAGACAGGCCGCCGCCUGGACGACUUCGUGUUGGGCGCCCGCUCCGGCGCCGACGACCUGCGCUCGCCAGCUGACGUGCUCUUCAUCGGUGGCCCGGCCGCAUUGCCCUUUGUCGCCUGGACUGACAGCGCGCGCUCCAAGCUACGCGUCAGCUGCUUGCUCUCUACCAAGCCGCAGAAGCACGAGUUUGCCCUGCCGACAGACUCAGCUGAAGUCAUCAUUCGGACGCCUCGCAGCUUGCCCAAAUCGGCAUCUUUGGCUUUUGUCGUCCACACACGGACAGAGGCGAAAGCUGAAAGUGGCGCCCUAUUCCAUAGCGGGCAGGUCUACAAGCUUGAUCCCACAUCAAAGUCGGUGGCAAAAACUCAUGAGUUGCCACCUGCAUCUGGCCCAGGCGCAUUUGCCAUCGGCCUCGCCUCCAGAGAUGCAGAGACUAUAUACAUUACCCGCAUCGGGAACUCCGAGAUGUCACUUACGAGCUCAGCCUCGCCUUCUAUUUUGGGAUCUUGGCCAAUUACAGACAGCCGUAUCCACGCGUUUAAUUCGGCUGUGUCCGAGAUAGUCACUAAGCCAGCUGGCGACGGCAGCAUCAGCUUCGCAGUUCGUGCGGCUGUCUGCACUGAUACGGACGAUUGGGUUCUGCUGCGCAAUGGUCAGCUGGCUUGGUCGCGGCCUGAGGGUCUCACCGGUGCUUUGGCUGCAGCUCUCGCUGACCGACCGGAGUCAGAGCAGCUGGUGCGGGCUCUCGAACAAGAGGCUCACAGCAACCCGCUUGCCGCGUACAUUCACCGUGUGCGGCGUCACAUCGAUGACCUCGAGCAUCUGCCGGCCUAUCUGCAGACGACGGCGCAGCGAAUCAUCAGCAACAUCCUGGGCAGCAGCAGCGACAGCAGUGUUCCUUCGUCCGAGCCAGACUCGUUUGGCUUCCACAAGAUUGCCGUUCUAGCGACCAAGCGCGGCCGCCUCUACGGUCUCGAUGCAGCCAGUCCAGGCACGAUCCAAUGGACCAAGAAGGCAGUCGAUUUGGCGCCUGGGGCCACCUGGGCCGUUCGGCGUAUCCACGUGGACGAGGCCCGGGGUGUGGCCACAGUCUUUGGCCAGACCGCCGCCCUGUCGGUGGCCGUGUACACAGAGACGGGCGAGGCCGCCGAGUCGUUGUCCUUGCAGAUGCUGGAGGCCGCCGAGAAAGACGCCGAGAUUGUAAGCACCGCGCCCGUGACCAGCGCUGCCGGGUCGUGGGAGCUGGCCGUGCUGCGCGGCGGCAAGGUGGCCGGUGGUGAUGGUAUCCCUUUAGAGCACUGUCCACGGGAGACCAUCGUCGUGCGUGUUGGACAGCAGUUGCAGGGUAUUCGUUUCGUGGUACGAGCGGCGACAUCGAAGUGCAUUCCGGAAGUCACGUGGACCUUUGUUACACCAGCUGGCCGAAUUGCCGAUAUCGCAGUUCGGCCGGCUCAUGACCCUGUCGCAUCGAUCGGACGGGUGUUGGGCGACCGCCGUGUGCUGUACAAGUACCUGAACCCGAACCUUGCCGUCGUGGCCUCCGUCGAUGAGGCUGCUGCCACGUUGACGACGUAUCUCCUGGACACCGUGUCGGGACAGGUUGUCGCUGCGGCAACGCAUCUCGGCGUCGACGGCGGGAAGCCGGUUGAAUGUCUGCUGUUUGAAAACACGUUUAUGUGCACCUUCUUUGCCGACUAUCGCGUCGACGACAGCGCAAACAUCGCCGCCACCAUCAAGGGCUACCACCUGACCGUCAGCGACCUGUACGAGUCGCUGGAGCCAAACGAGCGCGGCUGGGGAGCGGCGGCAGCAGCGGUGCGUCACAGCAGCAGCAGCAACGAGACCGCUGCCUGGUUCUCCUCCUCGCUCGAGCCCGUCGAGGCCGAAGAAGGCGCCGCUGCCGUCGCCACAACGCUCGAGCCCGCCGUCGUCUCGCAGACCUGGGUCGUCGGUGCUCGGCUGCGCGCCCUGGCCGUCUCGCAGACCCGCCAAGGCAUCACCGUCCGGCAGGUUUUAGCCUAUCUGCCCGGAACACACGGCGUGCUGGGGCUUCCGCGUGUUGGCGCUUUCCUGGACGCUCGUCGUCCCGUCGGUCGCGAUCCCACGCCCGCCGAACUCGAGGAGGGCCUUACCCGCUAUGCCCCUGCUUUCGAGGUUGAUCCGCGCCUUGUCGUCUCGCACGAGCGCGACGUCGUGGGCAUCCGUGCCAUUGUUGCCGCGCCCACACAUGUCGAGAGCACCAGCGUGGUCCUGGCCUUUGGCCGAGUCGAUGUCUUUGGCACCCGCGUCGCUCCUAGCCUCACCUUUGAUCUGCUCGACAAGAGCUUCGGAAAGGCCUCUAUGCUGGCUACUGUCGCCGCCCUGGCAGUCGGUGUUGCUGUUCUGCGGCCAAUGGUCACAAAGAAGCAGAUCGACAUGCGCUGGCAGGCACCCCUAUGA